CCGAUAUUGCUGAAACUCUCAUGUUUUGUCAUGGGCCAUCCAUUGAUUUUCGAUGUUUGUAGUUCAUCGAAGCAAUUUACAUAGAUUCAUUCAACAUGGAUAAAUGUCGAACAAUCCUGAGGAGAAGCUGUCCUUUUGGUGUUUCCUGUUGGUGUUGCUCCCUUGGAACAAUAGGACAAAUAUGCGGAACAAUAGGACUGAUGCUCAGGUCAAUUCUGAUGGUGAUAAUAAUAAUUGAAAUGGCUGGAAUUGAAGAUGAUCCCAAAGGAAUUGGUACAAUAGCUGUUUUAGCAGCAUUUUUUUACGUUGCCUUCACCCUAAUAACAAAUUUAGCUUUCAUUUUUGGAAUUAUCAAGGAAAAGCCUAUGUUUCUCCUCCCACACACAUGUAUUGAAGGGUUAGAAAUUAUACUUAUUUUACUAUAUUAUCUCGGAGGAUCUUCCUUGAUGGAUGAUCUGAAUUAUGGAUACGAUUUCUGGAAAUAUGUCCCGUUAUACAUAUCAUUUCUAGUUUACGUUGUGGGAUCAUUCAUCUGCUCGAUUUGGCUCUUCAGGGAAAUGCACGAUAAAAUAAAUACAAAAAUUACUACCGUGUGACUUUCCAUGGAACUGUGUCUACAAACGAAAAUCAAUAAUUUGAUAUUGUUCAUUCUGAUAGAGUAGCAUCCAGGGAGAGGUACUAUUGCUUAUCCGAAGAACUCAACCUACAAUUUAUAUUGGCAAUUAAACAUUAUACUGAAUA